GGUGAUGUUUUCGUUCCGGUGGAAACCUGUAACCGUUCAGUUCUGUUUUCUGUAGCUGGACGGAACCACCGGUCAACAUGAGCUCUGCUCCGCGGAAAAGGUUCUACCAGAAGCUGCCGGUCUGGGUCGUGGAGGAUCAUCAUGAAGUGGUCCAUCACAUCUAUCGGGCCGUUGGCUCCAGACACCUCCCUCACAGUAACGUCCAGCUGGUCCACCUGGACUCCCACCCUGACCUGCUCAUUCCUGUGAACAUGAGUGCAGACACCGUGUUUGACAAGGACAAGCUCCUCAGUGAGUUGAGUAUAGAGAACUGGAUCAUGCCCAUGGUGUAUGCGGGUCAUGUGUCCUGUGUGGUUUGGCUGCAUCCUUACUGGUCCCAGCAGAUCCAGGAGGGAGAGCACAGGAUGGAUGUAGGCAGAGAGUCCUCCACCUCCACCAUCAGGGUUACCUGUAAAGACAACUACUUCCUGAGUGACGGUCUGUACGUCCGUAAAGAGCAGCUGGAGAACUCCAAACCUCUGAGGCUGAGUGUAGUGAGAGUCCAUCCUGUGAAACCACCACACACAUCAGUUAAAGGACUCGACACAAAGCAGGAGCUUCAUCCAGGUUUGUGUAAGAAAGCUCGGACAGAUGGGAGGGAAGAUGGAGCUCAGCCUCUCUCUGCAGCCUCCGACACACUGCAGCCAGCAGAGGGCAGCAACAUCCAGGAACAGCACAACAGCAGUGGGACAGGAGAGGAAGACCAUGAUGAUGAUGAUGAAGGAUCAACCAGUUACAUUGUUGAAAGAAUAACUUCAGUUCUUGGUAAAACAGAUGCGUAUGUCCUGGACAUUGACUUGGAUUUCUUUUCCUGUAAAAAUCCUUUUAAGGAUUUAUAUUCAGAGGAAGAAUAUUCCAUCCUUAAAGAGCUCUACAACUUCCAGGUCCCCGACCCGAGUGCUGACGAGGACGAGCUGGAUGAGUGCGUGGACCGGCGCACACAUCAGUUAGAAGACCUGGAAGCUGCGUUUGCUGAUCUGUUGGAGAAUGAUGAUGAUGAGACGGUGGAACGAUGGAGCAGAAACCCAGGAAUGUCUUCUUUGACUCGACUGGUUUCCAGUUUGAAGACAAGAAAUCCUAAUCCUGACUAUGAGAUGGUCCAUCAGGCGGGGUUAACCUGUGACUCUGUGGAGCUGCCUCACCACAUCAGUUCUGAGGAGGAGAUUGAUGGGCUUGUUUCUGCUGCGCAGCUUUUCCUCAAGGCUCUGCCCAGACCUACACUGGUCACCAUGUCCAGGUCCAGUCUGGAUGAAUACUGCCCAGUUGAACAAGUGGAUUCAGUACAGAGCAAAGUCCUGGCAGUUCUUGAGGAUCUGUAUGGAGACCUGGACGUGUAUAAAGAAUAUAAAAAUUGUAACAGAGAUUCUCCAAACGGUCAAACAAAAAGUCAUUAAAGAGAUACGUGGAAGUAGAGAAUGGACUUUGUAGUUUCAGCAUCAUGAAAAUAAAAGAGAUUAAUAAGGA